GAGAAAGUUGACAAGUGCACGUCCGAUACAGAUAGAUAAAUAAAUAGUUGUCCAUGUGAGCUCAUAAGGCACUUGGGAUUUAUAUAUCGUAUAUAUAGAUAGAACGCUAAGAAUUUCAAAUCAUUUGGGAAAACAUUCAUGAUUAAUGAUUUCUAACUAAUAUUAAUCACUGAUUCUGGAAACUCGAUCCCAUUUCGCCGAUUCCCUGAUUUUAAUUUUUAAAUAUUAACUAAGAAUAAUUGAUUUUCACGUUUAUAAAAAAUCAUAGGAUUCAAUAGGAUAUUCAAAGUCGUCGCAGAUAGUGUAUAUCAAACGGAUUUCGAGUUUUCUGUGGAUAUCAAGCAUAAGUGUGUCUCUAUCUCUAUUUGGGUUGAAACAAAAUUUAUUGUAUUGGUCAGACGGUCAAAUGAUGUCAUCAAAAGUCUAUAACCUUCGUAGUGGAAUUUUUUUUUUUAUAACAGACCAAACUGAUUCCUCAUGAACUGGGAGUCAGACCUCGAUAUCAAACAGAAGAAGUCCAAAAACGGAAUUUAUAUCGUGUAAUUAAUAACAGCGAUAGAACUGUCGAUUCAUGAUGAAUAAAUAGUCUACUCACAUAGUCAUUUUGAAGAGCUGUCAACAGAAUGGAUUGCACUGCGCUCUGUUCAUUUUUUGUUAUACUUGUGUACAUUACAACGAUAGAGACGAACGCACAACAGGCUCCUAUAAGUACUGGAUUAUACAAAAGGAUUUAUAUCGAUGGACUGGAUGGAUCAUGUAAAAUAUCACUGCCUAAUGACAGUGCUGUUAUCAGCAAAGCGUCUGUUGAAUGUGAGAAAGGUUGGGUUCGAAACGGUACGAAUGAUUCUGAAAGGUACUCUUUGCCCAGAAGACGAAGAUGUAAAUUCUACAAAAAGACGUCCUUUGCAGUUUGCUACGACGGUACUAAAGGUGAGUUUGGACAACCUACAUGUAAAAAAUCUGUUAUCUCUUAUUAUAUCACUCCAGCCUGCUCCGGGUAUUGGCUCAACUGGGAACAAUGCGAUAAGACUUGCGGAGGCGGACAAAGUGCGCGAGUGAAAAUAAUCAUUCAUGAUUUAAGAAAAUUUGAUAAAUAUCAGAUUAUCACAGAAGUACGACCUUGCAAUACUCGACCAUGUCCAGUUUGGACACCGUGGAAGCCAACGAUUAAGAAUAAUACAUCCGACUCGUGCGACAUAGAAACCUGCACCCGGAAAUUAGAAAGGCAGUGUGUAUACAAUUCAACGGUUGUUCAUCCAUCUACUUGUGUAGAUGAGAAAGAAAACGAAACUCCAUUAUUGUAUUUAAAUCUUGAAAAAAAUGGGUCAACUCAUUUAGUCACUCCUUGCUUCAAACACGAGUGCGUUAAAGAAACAACAGCUAUUGAAUCAAUGGUGAGUUACACUACACAGAACACCAACGUUUCUGUACAUCCUACACCUCUCACCUUGAACGGUACAAAUUCAUCGUCUAUAAUGGAACCAUUUAUGGCAAACACGUCGCUCCCUCCGUGUCCUGUUGUCAAUGACAACAUGUUGUUGGGCGUGGCUGUUGGCUUUGUUGUGGCUUCGUGCAUAUUCGCGAUAGGUUGUUUUGUCUUCAAUCGUAAACUAUUUCAAAAAAAAAUUAUAUCAGUAUAUCAUGGUUCCCUUCGUAAAAAUAAAUCACGGGGCGUAGAACGCUCAGACAGCAUAGUAACCGGCAGGAGUGCAGUUGGAAGUAUGCAUAGCUUACUAAACGAGGAAAUUCCACUGUCACAUUUGGUACAAGCGUCGCAUUCAACACUGCCAACACAAAGAGAAAGAGGAGCACGCCCAGAAAACGCUGAAGCAUUGUAUUGCACAGUUCCAAAUAAAUUAGAUACGUCUUUGGCGCCGAAUGCUUAUUUCAAAGAAUGCCAUAGUAAAAAUAGUUUAGUCGAUAAUGAAUCCACGGAUUGUAUGGAUGCAGCCGCAGCUGGGACCGCCGCGGAUCCAGUAUAUUCUGAUAUACCCGCUUUCAUGCCGUCAGUAUCUUUGGCGACCGAACAUGAUGUGGAAGCUACAUAUUCAAGUUCUGAAUUUAGUAAUGAGGAAGACAAUAUUGGUGCAGACGAGUCGGGGAAAUUGACUGUUGCUAAUCCUUCUAAUACCAUGGCAGACGCAACCAAAUCUUUCGACUCUGACGAAGGUCGUGACGUUGUAAACACACUUCGUAAAUCCAUAAAAAGACCAAAAUCAUCGCGAUUAACCGACGACCAAAACGAAGUAUUUUUGUCCGAAGAUGAACUCUCGAAAGAUGAAUAUGAAAAUGAACGAAAAUCGGCGUUCAGUACACGUUACUCUAAAAUUUUAGCGAAAAAAUCUAAAUUACGUGGCAAAAAAUUUCAAGAUAGCAAAGUAGCUACAAAUUCGGACUUUCAGUGGAUUGAGGGAAGCCGUAGAACACCAACGCAGUCGGAAUCAUCAAUUCAAAGUAAUGAUAGCAGAUUGAACCAGCAUAUAUUAGAUAAGUCGCGGGAAAACUCACAAGGACAUAAUAAAUGGCCGUGUCGUCUGUCAUCGGGCACAAGCAGUGUGAAGUCAUUCAACGUGGACGUGACAACAUCAGGGUACAAUUCUGCCCUUACAGCGUCACCAUCAGAAGAUCGCUUCGUCUGGUCCAAGCGAGGUUCAUUGGAACGACAAAGGUUAUCAAAUGCAUCGGAUGCAUGCGGUCGAUGGAAAGCACACAAUACUAGUAACGGUUUUUGCAAUGAAGCUAUCCAUAGGGACCAAACCAAGAAUUCAGCCCUCGAGGCUCCAAACAUAUCAAGUACACUGUGUAACCCAAAACAUCCACACCCGAUGGGAUUUUGCAAAUGCCAUUCAUUGGAUGAAAAAUCGAACUUUUUGUCGCGGCGGCAUGUGCUUGGUACCCACAUCCAUACCAUGCCAGGUAAAUCCGGCAACGGCUGCCAUACUAGACGAAUGGUAGAGAUGGAAGAUAUUUACAGUUCGCCUAUUGAUGCAAAAGAAGUCAAAGAUCCCAUCUACGUACAAUACGAUGUUCCAUUCGACGCUUUACCAAGUUAAGAUUUGAUUUUUUAUACAUAAAACACAUCGUGAUUUUAUUAAAUACACCAAUACUUUUUAAUAUGGGAUGUGGUUAUUUAUAUUAGGACAACAGCAAAGACAGUCAGACUUGCAGUCAUUCGUGAGUGUGUAAAGUGAAUGUAAGUUAUAAAAACGUACGUAAUGAAAAUAGAUCGCAUGGAAUUCAAAGUUUGGGAAACAUCUGCUGGCGUCAGGAAUGCCAUUGUUUUUAGCAGGGGUAUUGCAGCAGCUUCCACUAUUUUUGUCACACAGGACAGGAUUUAUGCUGGGGAGAAAAUUGUAGUUAAGAAACAAUUCGGGUAAAGGAAUCGAUAGCUAACCAAUUAAUCGUUACUUUCAAAUGAACUUGGAUGAAGCCACAAUCGACCAGUGAACCACCCGCGAUGAAAAAUCCAACAAUCAAUCAUCAAAUAAAUCGUUCACAUCAUCGCUCAAUCACGCGAUUCGAACUCUCGAAUAAGGAGUAAAAAUUAAUACCUCAGAGCAAAGGUGGCCAACCUGAGCCCAGUGACGAAUUUAAU